AUGCUUGGCCUAAUCAGUGCACGCCACUCCAACGAGGAAACUUAUCUAAGCGUGAAUUCCAAGCCAAUUGAUUGGAAAUCCACAAACAGUGCAGUAGCACACUUACACUGGAAAGAGGAGCUGGGCGAGAGUGGAGCAUUGGGGAAAACGGGGGGAGCCGUAGGAAGGGCAGCAGCAGUGCAGUCGGCAGCAGCAGCUGUACAACGAUCCUGGUUUCGUAUUGAUUAA